CGGGGGCCGCGCCCGCCUCCCCCCCGGCACGCAGCUCCGCGCGGGGAGCGGGCCGGCUCGCUCAGUGGCGCUUGCUCCCGUCCACACACUCGCACUCAUACACACUCACUCACGCACGCACGCACGCACACGCUCGCUCGCUCCCUCCCUCUGCCUCACACACACACACACACACACACCCGGGUCUCUCCCUUGCUCAUGCAGGCAGACGGGGAGACAGAAGAUGGCUGCUGACUCGACAGGGCAUCCAAAACCCAGCCCGGCUGCAUCCCCCGACCCUCCCACAGCUGCCUGCUCCUCCGACACUCACUGACGCCUUCUCCCGGCCCUGAGCCCCCACCUCCCCGCACACUCUUCUCCUUCCCAACCCCCCCAGAACACCAGCAGCCAUUUCAUCUCUACCCACUAGACACAAAAAAUGGCAGAAAUGGAGAAAGAAGGGAGACCUCCAGAAAAUAAACGAAGCAGGAAGCCGGCUCACCCGGUGAAAAGGGAAAUCAAUGAAGAGAUGAAGAACUUUGCAGAAAACACUAUGAAUGAGCUCCUUGGCUGGUAUGGUUAUGAUAAGGUUGAAUUGAAAGAUGGAGAAGAUAUCGAAUUCAGGAACUACUCUGCAGAUGGGGAGAGUCGGCAGCAUAUUUCUGUUCUCAAAGAAAAUUCUUUGCCAAAACCAAAAUUACCUGAGGACAGUGUUAUUUCACCGUACAAUAUAAACACAAGCUAUCCAGGGCUUGCUACAGGAAAUGGACUUUCAGACUCACCAGCAGGGUCAAAGGAUCAUGGGAGUGUACCCAUUAUCGUACCAUUAAUUCCACCACCUUUCAUAAAGCCACCAGCAGAAGAUGAUGUGUCAAAUGUACAAAUAAUGUGUGCCUGGUGCCAGAAAGUGGGAAUCAAGCGCUAUUCCCUGAGUAUGGGAAGCGAAGUGAAAUGUUUCUGCAGCGAGAAGUGCUUUGCAGCUUGCCGAAGAGCUUAUUUCAAGAGAAACAAGCAUUCCCGGCACAAAGGAGGGAAGCUAAAACCUACCUACGCAGUAUGUGACUGGUGUAAGCACAUAAGACACACAAAAGAGUAUCUGGAUUUUGGGGACGGGGAACGAAGGCUUCAGUUCUGCAGUGCAAAAUGUCUCAAUCAGUACAAAAUGGACAUUUUCUACAAAGAGACACAGGCCAAUCUUCCAGCUGGACUGUGCAGCACAUUACAUCCUCCAGUUGAAAAUAAAGCAGAAGGCACUGGGGUGCAGCUGCUGACUCCAGAUUCUUGGAAUAUACCGCUAGCAGAUGCUCGGAGAAAGGCCCCAUCCCCAGUGUCUGCAGCUGGCCAAAUUCAAGGUCCUGGACCAUCAGCGUCUACCACUGCCUCUCCGUCUGACACUGCCAACUGCUCUGUCACUAAAAUCCCCACGCCAGUUCCUAAAUCUAUUUCUAUCAAUGAGAAUCCAAAUAUUCCACCUGUUUCUGUUCAGCCACCUGCUAGCAUUGUGCCUCCAAUUGGUGUCCCACCUCGAAGUCCUCCCAUGGUGAUGACAAACCGCGGGCCAGUUCCUCUGCCCAUAUUCAUGGAACAGCAAAUUAUGCAGCAAAUCCGUCCACCAUUUAUUCGAGGGCCGCCUCAUCAUGCUUCAAAUCCUAAUAGCCCCUUGUCCAAUCCAAUGAUUCCUGGAAUUGGUCCGCCACCAGGUGGUCCCAGAAAUAUGGGUCCCACCUCUAGCCCCAUGCACAGGCCAAUGCUAUCUCCUCAUAUUCAUCCCCCAACUACACCUACCAUGCCUGGAAAUCCUCCAGGCUUACUACCCCCUCCCCCGCCAGGGGCUCCUUUGCCUAGUCUUCCCUUUCCCCCUGUCAGCAUGAUGCCAAAUGGUCCUAUGCCUUUGCCACAGAUGAUGAACUUUGGGUUGCCAUCCCUUGCCCCUCUGGUGCCGCCCCCAACCCUGUUAGUGCCAUAUCCUGUCAUUGUUCCGCUACCCGUACCCAUCCCUAUUCCCAUUCCCAUCCCUCACAUCAAUGAUUCCAAGCCCCCCAAUGGCUUCUCCAGCAAUGGUGAAAACUUCAUUCCAAGUACCUCCAGCGAUACACCUGGAGCAAAGCCAUCAAAUAACUCUACGUCCCCUCGAGAUUCAAAGCAAGGGCCCUCUAAAUCCUCUGACUCAUCACCAAGCUGCUCAGGCCAGUCCUUAAAUCAAGCUCAACUGCUCCAGGAGCAUAAUAAAAAUGAAGUUGUUGAUUUGACUAUCAGAGCUAGUAGUCCAGUGAACAGUAAAUUUAGUUUUUCCAGUGUGCUACAGGGUCCACAGGAUGGUGUGAUAGACCUAACUGUGGGCCACAGGUCUAGGCUACACAAUGUUAUUCACAGGGCUUUACAUGCUCAAGUUAAAGUUGAACGUGAACCUAACAGUGUUGUAAAUUUGGCUUUUGGUAACUCAGAUAAAAGGAACUGCAGCGACUGCAGGGACAAUUGCAGCCCAGUUGAAACAAAAACAUUACCAUGCAGUGACCCAGCUCACUGUGGCCCUGUCUCACUGGCCUCCAGCACUUCAGGAUUAGAAACCAGUGGCGCAGCUUGCAAUGUCAUUGUGAAUGGCACGAAGAGCACAGAGGGUUCUAAGAACUCAGAACAGUCUCAAGAGCAGAAAAAGCCUCCACCGCCAGAGGAGUCAGCUGUCAGUGAGUUGGAAUCUGUUAAAGAGAACAAUUGUGCAUCCAAUUGCCACCUAGAGGGAGAGGCUGGCAAGAAGAUUGGGGAAGAGCCUCUCGCUGGGGGAGACAAGCAAGACCCAAACCUUAACAACCCUGCAGAUGAGGACCAUGCCUAUGCUUUGCGGAUGCUACCCAAGACAGGUUGCGUGAUCCAGCCUGUGCCAAAACCAGCAGAAAAGACUGCAAUAGCGCCAUGCAUAAUCUCAACGCCAAUACUCAGCACAGGGCCAGAGGAUCUGGAGCCACCAUUGAAAAGGAGGUGUCUCCGAAUUCGAAAUCAGAAUAAGUAAAGGUUUGUGUAAACAGUGCUGCCUUCUGUGUGAAUAGAAUGAAUAUUAAUAUUUUGAGUUAUGAGUCAAACUCAUGUGGAUGUGGCCUUUGUAAAGCGAAGAUACAGAUUCUGUUUUAUUAAGGAAAAAAAGAGAAAAAUAUUGUUAUUUAUGUUUUUAAUGCUGUCUUUGUCUUGAAUCACCUCUGUGUCGGUCAGUUCGUCACCCAUCAGCAGCUUCGUUAACAUUUUGUUCACAGAACAUUCCGUUAUGGUGCUGGCUGUGAUGUUGUUGUGUUGUGCAUGUCAAACUAGUGGGUAAAUUCUAGGUCUGGGCAGUCAACCCACUUAUAAACAUGAUCCUGCUUGAGUACCAGGAGUUCAUGACCUCAUGACCAUCCAAAUUAAUUACCAUAAUUCCCUCUCAGGAGUGUUUAGAGUAGGGGAACCCUUCUGCUUGAUGCUAGUUCAAGGCAUGGUUGUUCACUGGUUUGGUCCGCUGCAAUCAUACUACUCUGACCCUGAACUCAGAGCAACAUACUUACCGUAAGCAGUCAGUGCUGCAUAUAAGAGGAGCCUGGGCUUUGUGCAAGACUUCUUUCUUGAACUUUGUUCCAUUUUGUCCCCAAUCUGUGAUUAGGGAUUUUACCAUCUUAUCUCAGGCUAAUAGGGUUGUAUCAAGGUGGACUUUAUAUUGUGGAACCCCACUCCCUUACCUCAGGUACCUGCCUCAGUCCAUCUCUCUCACUUUGUGAAAACACUUUAUAAUUUUCCCCCAAAAAAUGUGGGUGUGUGGGUGUGUGCGUGCGCAUGCAUGUAAACACACAUAUGUAGACAUGCAUAUUCAUGUGCGUGUGCACACACACAUACAAUAUAAUGGUCCUUAAUGUGGGCCUCUGAGCACUAUAGCAAUGCAAAUAAUAAAUAGUUAUAUCACCAGCUGGGUCUGGUCUGGAAACAAUGCUCCAGAGGCAUAAAAGCCCCAUUGAAGUCCCCCAACAAAAUAGUAUUAUAAUAAAACUGUUUAUGUAAUAUAUGUCUAUUCUUGCUUCAACCUUGUGAGCAAGAAACAAAUGUAAUUGCAUUUCCUUAGAUUCAUGAGCUUGGAGAGCUUCUGUAAGAAAAAGGGAGAGGGGUGGGUGUUACAAGAAUCUGUUCAGAAAUCAAAUACUGAUGAUUUGCCGGAUGUGGCUUGGUGACAUGCCAAAUUUUAUUACAAUCCAUUGAGUAUUCCAUAACCUCCAGUAAAUCAUAUUCUGUGCUGUCCCUUGCAAUGCCACAGUCACUCACAGACGUUCAAUACAAAUGUUACCUUUAACAACUCAACACCUACCAGCAGUAGAUAGCACAUAUCUGAUAUCUGAGAUACUGCUAUUUUCCCCAGUAUUAAAAACAGGAGAUCACUGCACAAUCUUGGAUCCUGCAGUGUGGCACAUAUUGAUUUUUAAACAGUUUUCCUGUUAUUGCUGCAAUACUAGGUUUAUCAUUCCCAUUGACCAUGCAAGCUAUUUAUUUACUUACUUUAAUGUCUAUUCUUAUAUAAUAGAGACUCUGUUCUUUGCUCCAGGCACACACUGACACAUUUAAAAGAUUUAGUAUGAAAAUAAAGCACAGCUGUAUCUUUCUUGCACUACUAAUUAACAUCUAUAAUAACUCAGCAGCCCAAAAUAUCAUUAAGGUCAUUAGGCCAGAUUCUAUUCCAGCUACUAGACACCUAAGUGGAUGCCUACGUGGGAUACUAUUCCACCCUGCUUAAGUCCUUGAAAGACUGUUGAUGCAAGAAGUGCGUGGGUCCUUUUCCUCCUCAUUGCUUUUUUGUGACUUAGUUUUAAGGCUAAAGUGAUGGUGUAUUAUACAAGUAGAUUCAUCAGUGGUUUUUCAGGGACUCGAAUAAAGUGGAACAAGUCUACUUAUAUGCCUAAUAGGUGGACAAGAAUGUGGCCCAGCAGAAUCUUUCAGUGGAUCACAGUUAGGCUCUUGUAGCAUAUCUAUCACACCAUCUUGCUAUAGCAGCCUCAAGAGUUUUGCUGCCAGCAUGACUGUACCAUGUUCAGAGCCUGAAAGGUUGUUCAGCCUAAACUUCACAUACACACCUAUGCCUUCCUAGCGGUGGUGCUUUGAUCUGUAGGAAAUGCACUAUUUGACUAUAUUCCUAUUAUUUAAUAUCAGAGCCAUCCAUAAUAGCUGUUGCAUUAAUUCCAUUUAUUUCUUCCCUGCUGUCCAUGCCUUGUUUGUAACUAAUGUCAAAGUGCUUUAACAUCUAUAAGCUGACAACUCAUUCUUCUUAUUCAGCCUUCCUCUUACUGGGCAUUUCCUUUCUUGUGUUGUGCAAUUGCUUUCUGAUGUCUGGAUCCCUAGGGGGAGCUCAGCGCUCCUGAGAAUGGAACACUCUAAGGUCACAGAACUCUGUUUUCAUUCAUGAUUAUUUUCCUCAUUGACUACUCUAAAAAUGUAACUGUGCAGCUGAUAUGCCCCACUGAAGCUGGACAAACCGGGCUCAGCCAAACCGCAUCCUAAAAAGAAAAACUUGUGGCCCUCCCUACCAAUUUCCUAGACAUUCACAAGUUUAGUAUUGAAAACAGCCAGUUUAACUAUCUAGCUGAAUGAUCAUUAUCCUAUUUACAGAGGUGUGUGUUUACAUUUAGUAUUUGUUUGUCUCCAUUUAAGGGUUGUAUUUAUAACUUAGGUUACUUGUAGGGUUUUAGUUUGCAGUAUCUAUAGGGUCUGUGCAAUAGCACAGAAAUGGUUACCCCUGACUUCCUCAAAAAAAGAUAUGCAAGGCCAGAAUCUGUGCAUAUUCUAAGGGAAAUUUUCACUCCAAAAUACCCUACAGAAGAAAAACACCAUCGCUCCAUAUUAUACCACAGUGAAAUGCUGAGAGGGAGGGGGUCAAUAUUUCUCUAGGGCAUAUGCAGCUAACUCACACAAUACCAGUGUCAAUUUCAGAUGAGGGUUUUUUGACCCCAUGUCAAAUCACCCUUUGAUAAUUAGUGAAAAGGUACCAGCCAAUCAUAGCUGGAGUGAUGCCAAUUCUGUGGCACCUUCCCAUUGACUCAACUUUCAAGAACCCCCUUCCUGUAAAUAUGUCAGGGAGGUGAUAUUCCCUGUGUACCAUGGGGAUGGGCAUGGAGACAUCUCAGCGUUGUUAUGCACUGUCAACAUUUUCCAUUCCAUUUUAUGCAUGGUAACUGAGCUUGUUAAUGUUGAUGUAAUCAUCUUGAGCUCAGUUCUUCUGUGCCACACUGUAAAUCCCUUGCUUUUGAAAGGAUGGCAGUGGAGAUUGGGAGAAAGUGUAGAAGGGAUUAAUCAUGGCAGCCCAGCUCCCACAGAAGACAUGCUGCCUAAGGCCCUGAGAGAACCACCUCCAUGACUGCAAGUGGACAUUAACUAGCACUACUGGAUUUAAAAGGAGUACAUCUUGAGCUUUGUUCUGAUUGCUCUCUGUGGCUGUGAACAAAAGGGCAUGUUGAGCCCCACAAAGUUUCUUUGAUGGUCUCCUAACCUCCACCCUUUCCAUAAAGUCUUUGGCCCAGCAUCCCUGUCCCUGGGUCUGGUAAAGGUGGAGAUAAAGCCCUGCUCCCUUGCUAUGUGGUAAUGAAGAAACUAAGUGUAUAUAGAGUCACAAAUUGAUGGAUCUUUCAGCUCCCUGAGCAGGAAUAAGCUACAUAGGCAGUAUUUGGCCCAUCACUUUUCUUGAUUGGGUCCUUGGAGCUGAAUUAUUACACUGGUCUCACAAUCGUAUUAUCUUGUUAGAAUAAACAACCCUGAUAGUUCUCUCUCUGCCUGGUUCCCUUAAUUGGGAAAUCUGAACAUAUGUGACAUAACGUGUAACUUUUCUUGAAUUUAGUUUCCUAUCAAAUUGCAUUAAUUGAAGGAAAUGAGCCAGAUACGUCCAUGCUAGAGUUCUGGACAAGCAGAUAGCAUCUAAGGACUAGUAACAUAGAUACCUUUAAAAAGAAAUCAAUGCAAGAGUGACCUUUUUGGGCAAGUAGCCAGCCUCUGGAUUAUUUAAUGUACCAAUUACUUGAUUAUUGGAAAUGCUAAUCAGCAACAUAAUCCUUGAUGUUAAAGUUUAGCCUCUCCAUCAGGAUGUAGACUGUCAAGUUGGUCUAGCUUGAUGCUAUUCAAACAAACAGUGAAAAAGUUUCAGAGCCAGCUCCAUAGUGCGAUAAAGACAUGACGCUAGUAAGAAGAAUAUUUUGUUGGGUGUAAUUGUUUCAAGUUUGAACAGAAUGAACUUUCUAAAAUUAGCAAUGUUAGUGUUGGCUGCAUGCUCAUAGUACAUCCAGGCAGAAUCAUUUUAACCCUACAGUUUCAAUAUAAAUGUUUUUAAGGUGAAUAUGUUAGAAUGAUACAUUUGCUUUUCAUUUACUAUUUUCAGUAAGCUGAACUGGAAAAUUAAAUAGCACAUAUGACUAACCCAUGACUUCUACCUCUGUGUGUGUGUGUGUGUGUGUGUGUGCGUGUGCGUGUGCGCAUGCAAAUGCAUGUAUCUAGCUAUGCAUACAUUUGCAGGAGGUGAGGAAGAAACUCCUUACCCCAUACACACAGAAUAUCUCCUUAGUCCUACUGGAAGUGCUAAGAGUAGGCCAGCUCCCAUACUAUGUCCCUGUGGGGUCAGGAUCUGCAGAGGAAAUAGUAUGUUUGGUUUGGCAGUUGGCUAAAACAUAUAGUGUUGCCAUAAUAACAUGAGGUGUAGAAUGCUCCAUUUCAGAGCAGAAGCAAUAUCCAUCCCACUCUGAAUCCUUUCACCUCCCUUGGCCCAGCAUAAGAAAGUCUUCUCUGGUUGGGAGGCUUGAGAUAAGGGGCACAGUCAUUAGCAUUCCUUCUUUAACCCUCCUCACUGUAGCACUUAAGUAUAUCUACCCCUAUCCUCAUUGCAUUGGCCAGGGAAGAUUUGGCCCUAAAUGUAUAAAUGAAAAAAUUAAGUAUUUAUAUAUUUAUGCAAGUAUUUUAUGCUAAUUUCUUUUGUCUGACCCAGCACUACAGUGAUUCUCAGCUAACUUAGGUGGGUAUAACUAUACUGGAGUAAUGCUAAUUUAAAUUGGUUGAGAGGAUGGCCAUAUAUACUUAACACCAGCUCUCAGAAUUCCAGAAGUGACUCCCUUACCUGACAUCCUUCUUUCCCGCUAUUCUGGCAGAGAGUGCUAACACCACAAACAGUGAUGCUUAUUUGCUUGGAAUUGCAGUUUGACCCUUGAGGACUGCCUGACAUUAAUAGUGAUCUUACAUUUCAGAAUCACCAUGGUAGCUACUCAGAGAUAUUGAAUUAAAAAGGGUUUCCCAGAAAAAUUAUUCUUUAAGUGCCAGAGUGUAAGAUGACAUGUUUUGUACUCAAUUUCAGUUCCCAUAUCUAAGACCGUCAGGAUAUGGGUGCUCUAAAUUCAGUCUGCAUAGUAGGAAGUAUCAGACUAUGGUCUAGAUCCUCAGCUGUUGUAAAUCUGUGUAGAUCCCUUGAAGUGAAAGGACCUAUGUUGAUUUACCCCAAAUGAGAAUAGGGUCCUUUUUCUUUUCUACAGAAUGGCUUGCCACAGGCCACACUUUUCAGAUGGAAAAGUCAGGUUCUUGAAUAAGCUACAAUGGGACAGUAUUCAGCCCAUCACUUUUCAAGCAAAAAAUAAACCGAUUUUCAGAGACACCAAGCACCUGCAGUUCCUUUCAAGCCAGAUAAGAGGCUGGUUCCUCAGGUACUUAAACUGCUACAUCAAUUUACAGAGGAUCUGAUUUAUAGAGAUUUAAGGACUGCUUGUGACCUCCACGUAUUUCAUGUCUGGGACCACUGAUUUGAAUGGAGUUGCACCAAAGAUUACUUUGGCCCUUAUGGAUUUAAUUGUUAUCUGUGAUCUUUGUGUGAGAAGGAAGUGAUUUGAAACAAUACUGGAAAAAAUUCUUCAUACGUGGCCUGCCCAGAUUUCGUCUGGUCCAUAUAUGUACUGCAUGAUAAAUGUGUGCAUCAUAUGAAAAGAAAAUGAAAGAAAAUCCUUGUAUGUUUUAGGAAAUAGAAAACCAGUGAAAUGCUCUAAGUGUGUUUUCAAAGGACGUCAGUCACGGAAGAGGUAGUCAUCAUUAGACGAGUUGUAGGAUUUAGAGAACUACAUUUUAAAACACAAAUUCUUAGAAAAAUAGAAAAGUCCAGUGCAGUAGAAAGCAUACCCCACAGGCCAGGAAUUGGGGAUCAGAUUGAAUAGUCUGUGACAAACAAGGCUUUCAGAAUUGCCUUAAGAUCCUUUUACAUCCAAACUGUUGGCUGAGUCUCUCCCUGUCUAUUUUAGAACUUCAUCCAGCAAAGAAUUAAAGCUACACACAUGUUUAAGGGACCAGGUUGUGGCAUUACUGUUGGGGCAUGUGUCAUUUGUGGAGGGGUUUUUGAUGGUGCGCUAUGUUAUACUUACAUAAAAAGGGUUUGUGCUUGGUAAGAAAUCUGUUGGUACAAUAAAAGGAGUAGAUAAGGUAAAAACAAACAUUUUACAGAGGCUCCAAGUAUGUAACAUUUGCUUCCAAAAAUAAAAAGAUUAUUAAAUUA